GAAAGCGAGAUGUCUGAUAAGACUGAGGUUUCUGAUAAGCCUGACAAGCUUGACAAGUUUCUCGCUGGUGGAAAUAUUACUCUCAACUGUCUCAUUCCCGGUGAGGGGAGAAAUGUUUUUGAUGUGAUGAUAUCUAACGCUAACAACAGUAGAGUCUCUUUUCUUGCGGAGGCAAUUAGAAACCGUCGUCUAGAUCGAUUUCAAGAUAUAGAUUUGACCAGUUUGGCUUUAUAUAAGAUCGGGUUCAUAUUUGAUAGCGUCAUAAUCCACAAAUUAAGUAACAACGAGUACUUCGAAGUAGAUGGUGCUGAAAGAAUGGAAGCGCAAGAUAAAAUUUUUAGUCAUUUCCCUAUACAACCCCAACAAAUCUAUGGUGGUGAAAAGGGAAUCAAUGUUAUUUUAUAUCCUCCUACUGAAAUG